AUGCUAAGUCUAGAAACUGAAAGAAGGCUCGCACGCCUCUUUUUCCAAAUCGCAGAAACUGAACGCUCAAUUGAAAGAAGUCGCCAGAACCUUUGUCGAGAUUAUGAUUUCGACCCAUACUCUGCAUUUCGUCUUCUUGACCAAACGGCAGUUGGAGGAUUAUCAUCAUACGACCUUCGCAAUUUCCUAUCAAGAUCCCGUGUUUUUGUAACAAUUGAAGAAUUAGACCUGCUUGUAGCCCAAUACGACUCUAACUUAGACGGCCGUUUAUCUUUAGAAGAUUUCUAUUCUUUCAUCUUGUCUUCUGAAGAUGUCUCAUUAAGAACCAUUGCUAAAGAAAGAUCACGAUACCCAUUAUCCUCAAUUGCAGAGCACAAGCUUGCAAGACAUAUUGAGCUAGAAGCCAGCUAUCAAGGGCAGUUGGAAAACCUUAAAAAGCAUCUCCAUUCCAGAUACGAUUUUUCGCUGUCAAAUGCAUUUAGAGCUGUUGAUAGCGACAGGCUUGACUUUAUUUCUCCUUAUGAGAUAAGAAACUUUUUAAGAAGAAAUGGAUAUGCAGUCCAGGAUUCUGAUUUGGAUGGAAUAAUCAGAAGAAUUGAUACGGACAGCGAUGGACGACUUAGCUAUGAAGAAUUUGCUCAAGCGUUUAACAUUUCAGAUUUUUCAAGAAGGUCAAUUAUAAUUGAAAAUAAAAGCACAAGAACUCCUUCGCCUAAGAAAUAUGAAACUUCGAGAAACAGGUCACCAUUAAGAAGAUCACCAAGCCCAACUAGAUCACAUUUCAGCCCUGCGAAAUCUUCAUAUUCGCCUGAAAAAUCAUUUAGAUCUACUGGCUUGAAAAGCCCUAGAAGAAGUGUAGAAAAUUCACCUGAGCGGAAUUCAUAUUUCACCCCUACCAAGUCUUCAUCAUUUUAUAAGACAAGCUCAAGUGUUAGAAAAAGCCUUUUUGAGUCUCCAGUCUCUGAAGUCGCAAUGCGGGAAAUCGUUGAUACUUUUAGAAGCCAAAUUGAUAUAGCCCGAGACCUUGAGCAAGCAAAACUUACCCUUGCGAGAAGUGCUGAUUUUGCCUUGCUAGACUUUUUCAGAGCUUUUGAUUUGGAUGAUAAAGGCUACAUAGCUUCUCGUGAUGUAGAAGGGUUAUUAACUGACUUAGGAGUUUUCUACAACUCUGAUGAAGUUUACUUGCUGCUAAGACAUUACAGUUCCCUUCAAGACUCCAAAAUCAGAUAUGCUGACUUUGAAAACAUGUGGCUGCCUAAAGACAGGUAUUAUGCCCAAGCCCUCAAAGACAGAAGAAGCCAAAUCUACCCUCCAAGAGACAGAUUAAGUGUAUUUUCCAGCAUCACGAUAGAAAAAAUCAGUUCAACUAUUAAAUUGCAUUUACAGUGUGAAAGAAUUGCAGAAGACUUAAGAAGUAGGCUCAGUGCCAAAAGGUCAAUCAAUUUAUUUGAAGUCUUCCAAGCUAUUGAUUGCGACAAUGACGGAUAUAUCAGACUUGAAGAAUUCGAAGGGGUUUUAAGAGAUUUUGGAGUCUACACAGACUUGAAAGACUUGGAAAGCUUGGUGGAGAGAUAUGACAAGAACUUUGACGGAAAAGUGAGCUAUUCUGAGUUCGUGCAGGAGAUCACCCCUAAGCUUUUCUAG